CGCCCGCGACAUUCGCCGUUUCUGCUUGUUUAUUUAGGUUGUGCCCGCAGAGUAGUGUAGGUAGCCUUAUUGUUUUCGAGUUCGCUUUUGUUUGCCGCUUGUCGCACGCGCUUGUCUGCCGUGACACCUGUGCUAUGCGGUGCCGAGUGCUGCUGGUGGCGGUACUUGCGCUCGGAACGAGGGAAGCCACCUCAGCAUGAUCACCAAGGAAGCAACAGCGGCAGUUGCUGAGGCGGUGAAAGCCCUUGAGCGCUUCCGAGAGUCCCUGAGUCCCGCUGCAGCCGCCGAGCAUGAAGAAGACCUCAAUGCUCUGCUUGGAGUGCUGGCAGCAGACCCAGUGCUGGGUCGCGUUUUGGCACUGCAGGACUCGCUGGCCCAGCUGCGGCGGCACUUGCAGCGGCACCCAUCGCUUCUGCCCAACGACUUCGACUUCUGCCCGCAGACGGGCGCGCUCACCCUCGGGGCAGGCGCUGUGCAGCUGGGCGAGGAUGAGAUCGACCGAGAGGUCAGGGACGAGGAGGACGAGGACGAAGAGGAAGACGAUAACAAUAACAACAACAACAACUCUGACUCCUGCGAGCCGAGCUCCGAAGCCGACCAGAGCCUCUCACAUUCGGCGUCUGCCGCUGGUGGAGCCGUGUUGCACUACUCGCCUGAGCUGAGUGGGUCGUCUGUGGUGCACUGUGGCGGGCGGGCGGUGACGACGCCGGGCUACCUGGAGGAGUUUGAGCGGGCGAUAGUGAGAGGUGCGGCGGGACGCCAGGUCCUCCACGUGGAGCUAGCCAGGCCGCCUGGUGCCAGCUUGGGAUUCAGCGUCGUUGGAUUGCGGUCACCAUCGAGGGGUGAACUUGGGAUCUUUGUCCAGGAGUUGCAGCCGAACGGCAUUGCGCAGCGGGAUGGACGCCUCGAAGAAGGAGACCAGAUCCUGGCGAUAGACGGCCAGCCACUGGACAGCAACAUCUCACACCAGCAGGCCAUUGGCAUCCUCCAACAGGCGAGGGGAACAGUGCAACUUGUCCUCGCCAGGGGGACACCUGUCAGUGCCACACCACCUGCCCCUCAGGGCACCCCUCCCCCUCCACUGCCGUCAAGUUCCCUCUCCGGAUCCGGGACUGCUGGAAGCACCAAGUCGGCAGCCGACCGCGAAGAAGCCAUGGUUCUGGGCACAGAGUGGGCUGAAGUGGAAGCUGUUGAGCUACUCAAUGACGGCUCUGGCCUCGGCUUUGGCAUCAUUGGUGGUCGCAGCACGGGUGUCGUCGUCAAGACUGUUUUGCCUGGCGGCGUUGCAGACCGGGAUGGGCGGUUGCAGAGCGGGGACCACAUUCUGCAGAUUGGGGACGUCAACCUGCGCGGCCUGGGCUCGGAGCAGGUGGCCUCUGUCCUGCGUCAGGCGGGGGCCCGUGUGCGCCUCGUGGUGGCACGCCCCUCCGAGUCCGGUGACCUGCCAGCACCUCGGCCCGCAUCGCUGCCGCCGCCCCUAGUGCUGCCCACCCGACUCCUUGCAGACGCCGAGGAGCUGGAGCGGCGCCUGCAGAUCCACAGUGCCACAGUCGCCAUGGCAACGGCUACACCAGGGAAGCCCGGGUCACCUCUACUUUCCGAAAUGGUGCUGGAUGACCUUCCCGAGACCGAGACCUUCGAAGUGGAGCUGGUAAAAGACCAGCAGGGCUUGGGCAUCACAAUUGCAGGCUACGUCUGUGAAAAGGGGACGCAAGACGAGAUCUCAGGCAUCUUUGUGAAGAGCAUCGCCAAGGGGAGUGCUGCGGACGCUAGCGGCUGCAUCCGCGUCAACGACCAAAUUAUCGAAGUGGACGGCCGGUCCCUCCAGGGUUACACCAACCACCAGGCUGUCGAGGUGCUCCGCUCGACGGGCAAGUGCGUGAAGCUGCGCCUGGCCCGGCACCUCCGCGGCGCCCGCUACCUCCAGCUGCAGCACGCCGUCGCACUCUCGGACGCCAGCAGCCUGCCACCAUUGCCCACCACGCCAACGCUGACGCCGGGCGCCGUAACACCGGUGUCGUUGUCGGGUAGUGCCCCACUGACCCCUGAGCAGCCACCACCAUCUCUACGGUCUCCCGUGGAGGACGGCCUUAUCAUCAGCGCUGUUACAGAUGCCACCUCUUUUGCUGCCCUAGAGGAUGAAGAUAUGAUGUAUGCGGGCGAGCUGGACCCGAAAACGGAAGCAUCGAUUGCGGCCCACUGGAGCAAUGUGGUGGGACCGGAGUUCGAGAUUGUGGUGGCCCAGCUGAGCAAGUUUGAGCCUGGAGGAGGUCUCGGCAUCUCGCUCGAGGGCACGGUUGACGUCGAGGACGGCCGAGAGGUGCGCCCGCACCACUACAUCCGUUCGGUGCUGCCCGACGGUCCCGUGGGACUCAACGGCCGCCUGCGACCUGGGGACGAACUGCUCCAGGUGAAUGGGCGGCAGCUGCUGGGUCUGCACCAUCGCGAGGUGGUGGGUGCCCUGAAGCAGCUGCCCCUGCACGUGCGGUUGGUGUGUGCCCGUCCCUUGCCCCCGCCCCUUCCCCUGCACGGACCACCACCAAUGAGCAGCGCCCGGCGAUCACCCUCGCGGGCUGCCUCCGACGAGCCAGACCCCUUUGCGUGUGAUGACGUCAGCUACAUGGGUAUGGCGCAGAGCCCUCUGGCGCAGCGACCCUCGUCGUCGUCGUCAGCGUCCCCGCCGCCACCCCUGUUGUCAGGCUCGCUGCCCGCCCUGGUCAAGGCCAAGUCGGAUGGAUCGCUGGCCCAGUCGGACUGGGAGGAGGGCUUGCCCGGCGGGGGCCCCCUGGUCAAGCUGCGGUCGCGUUCCCUCGAGCCCCUGACGGGCCUCGCCAUGUGGAGCAGUGAGCCCCACGUUGUCGAGCUGCUCAAGGGGGAUCGGGGCCUUGGCUUCAGCAUCCUCGACUACCAGGACCCAAUGAACCCAAGCGAGACGGUGAUCGUCAUCCGCAGCCUGGUGCCCGGCGGUGUGGCCCAGCAGGACGGUCGGCUCAUCCCGGGCGACCGGCUGCUCUUCGUCAACGACGUGCCGCUGCAGCACGCGGGACUCGAUGCCGCCGUGCAGGCCCUCAAGGGGGCGCCCCGGGGCAUCGUGCGCAUCGGCGUCGCCAAGCCGCUGCCCCUGCCACCACCAGACUCCAUGGGCAGCAGCGCGCCCGUGUCGUCUGCUUCCUGUACGCAGCUCGAGCGACCCGAGAAUUCUAUAUCAGCCGACUCGGAUGAAAUCAGUGCCAUUCAGCCGCCAGAUGAGCUAUGGAAGGCGUCUUCUGGGACCGUUGUUCUGCACAACACGGGUGGAUCCCUGGGUCUGAAGCUGCGCUGGCAGCAUGGCAUUUGGACCAUCUCGGAUGUAGAGCCCGGCUCAGCGGCAGCCAGGCACGGAGAACUGCGCGUCGGGGACAUCGUGCUCUCUAUCAACGACCAGAUGCUCUCAGAGAAGACACAAGGCGAAGUGGCUGCCAUCCUUGCCCUGACACAGGAUCUCAGUGUGGUCUUCAUCAACUACCUCAGGGAGGUGGAAGGGGAGGCGGUUGAUGCGCCACCAAGUCCAUUGGUGGAGAAGGUCAAGCUGCGCAAGGUGAAUGGCUUCAAGGAGGAGGUCGUCAAAGCGGGUACGUCGGAGCCGGGACCUCGGCGGACAUCCCUACUUGUGCCAUCGACCGGUCUGCUGAGCCUAUCGCUUCCGCGGCGACACUCAACGGCUCCCGACAUGGAGACGAUGGUGGCUGCAGUGCACAACAUUGCCUCUUCGUACGUGCCUUCACUUAGGGAUUCCAUGUCAUCAUCGAAAGAGCUGCUGGUCCCAUCCAGCCGGAGCCUGACCUCGACACCCAGCCCGAGUGCCUCCCCGCAGCCCCCGUGGCCGGCACGGACGCCAUCACCACUGCUGUCGCCGUCCGUUGGCGGCCCCACUCUGCAGCCGUCCUCUCCCCUGCACCAGCAGUGGGGACCCGAGCGCGAGGUUGAGCUGGUGCGCGAGCUGCCUCAGCAGCGGAACCUGGGCAUCAGCAUCGUGGGCGGACACGUCGACCUGUUCCGGCAUUCGCAGGACGGCGGGCACGUCGACAGCCGCAGCGGUGUAUCCGGUAUCUUUGUCAAGAAUGUGCUGCCAGACAGUCCAGCAGGAAGGCUAGGCGCCUUUGGCCGUGGCGAUCGUAUCCUUGAGGUGGACGGCAUUGAUCUCCGAGAUGCGACACACGACCGAGCUGUAGAGGUGAUUCGGAACACUGGGGCCCAUGUCAAGUUCAGGCUACAAUCUCUCCUACCCACGCCCAAAGACAGCAUUGAUGAUGCAAGCCAGGAGCCCUCACCACGGUUACUCUCACCUCAGCCUUCGCUGGAAGCUGUGAGCCCCCAGCGCAGUCCUCUGGCGGUGACCAAGUCGGUGUCACGCGAGUCUCGCCUGAGUGUGACAUCUCAGCUGAGCCGAAGUGCCAGCCAGGGUAGCCAGGAAGGCCUGGAGCCACCGCCAGAACCCACCAAGAAAGUUCUCACCGUACACGGUGUGGAGAUCGACAUGAACAGUGCAGGCAGCAUAAAGCGUGAGGAGCUCUCAGACGGCGAGGGAGAGGAGGAAGACGUCUACGGCUACACCAUGAAGAAGAUCGAGCGCAAGUAUCAGGAGCUCAAGCUGGCUGGUGGCGAGCUGCUCCUGGUGGAGCUGCAGAAGGGCCCCAGCGGCCUUGGCCUCUCACUAGCCGGCAACAAGAACCGCAGCCGCAUGAGCGUCUUUGUAUGCGGCCUCCACCCCAACGGCCAGGCUGCCCGCGACGGCCGCAUACGGGUGGCUGACGAGCUCCUUGAGGUGAAUGGUGUCGUGAUGUACGGCCGGUGUCAUCUCAAUGCCUCAGCCAUCAUCAAGAGUCUUCCGGGUCCCACGUACAAGUUUGUCCUUCACAGGAGAGAAGACGCGGUGGAGGACAUGGCCGUGAAGCCCCUCACUCAAUACCCAAUGCAACUGGAUGAGCAGGGGCACGAAAUAAAAUAUGCAAACUACCGAGGGGUCAGGACCGUAACCGUGAAAAAGGGGACGCAUGGUCUCGGCAUCAUGAUCCUGGAAGGCCGCCAUGCAGAAGCUGGGCUCGGCAUCUUUGUCUCGGACAUUCAGGAAGGGAGCCCUGCCCACCAGGCCGGCCUCGGCGUGGGUGACAUGAUCCUCGACGUCAAUGGCACCGACAUCACUGGCGCCGACUAUGACACGGUGGCGCAGCUCUUGAAGCAGGCCGAAGGGGUGCUGACGCUGAUUGUGGCGAGGCCCAUGGGCAACGUGGUGCCCUUGCUCAAGAAGAAGGCCGCAUCUAUUGAAACCCAGGAGCCCUCACGAACGGUCCCCUCCAACCGCAAAAGCACGGUGGGCUCCCUGGCACUUUCACACUGCUCGUCGAAAUGCCGGCCAUCCCCGUCGUCUCCCGAUGGCCGCCUGCCAUCGCCCUUGCUGUCCCCACUGCGGCCGGAAACCGUGGCCGAACACACGCCAGACCAAACGCCCCAGAAGCCAGACAGCGGCACCACCUCGCCGGGGUCGGACGUCAUCCGGCCGGGCCGCCCGACGGCCAUCGAAAUCACCAAGGAGAAACUUGGUCUGGGGCUCAGCAUUGUUGGUGGCUCGGACACGCCUCUGGGUGCAGUCAUCAUCCACGAAGUGUAUCCUGAUGGUGCUGCUGCGAUGGACGGUCGUCUUCGACCGGGCGACCAAAUUCUGGAGGUGAACGGCGAGGAUCUGCGAGAGGCAUGCCACGAAGCAGCCAUUGCCGCUCUGCGGCAAACUUCGUCAGUGGUCCGGAUGCUGGUGCUUCGUGAGGAAGAGCCGCAGCAAGACAUUCUCACCGUUGAGCUGCACAAAAAGGCUGGACGUGGCCUCGGCCUGAGCAUUGUGGGCCGGCGCAAUGCACCGGGUGUCUUUAUCUCCGAGGUGGUUCGUGGUGGAGUAGCACAGCUGGACGGCCGCCUUUGCCAGGGCGACCAAAUCCUGGAGGUGAACGGCCACAGCCUGGCGGCUGCCAGCCAGGAGGAAGCGGCCGCCCUGCUCAAGACCACCAUGGGGCGCAUCUGUCUGCGUGUGGGGCGCCUGCGCCGGGCACCCUCACAGCGCGCCACCCAGGUGCCCGUCUCACGCUCCGACUCCACUGCUAACGGACCCAUGACUGUGGCCCUGGAGCGAGGCUCGGAAGGUUUGGGCUUCAGCAUUGUUGGCGGUGCAGGAUCGCCGCAUGGCGACCUCCCUAUUUACGUGAAGACAGUGUUCGAAGAAGGUGCCGCGGCUCGCGACGGUCGGCUGCGCCGCGGACACGCUAUUCUCUCGGUCAACGGCCACUCGCUGGAAGGACUGUCGCACCAGCAAGCCGUCGAACUGCUCCGUGACGCCCGUGGAACCGUCGAACUCGUUGUGCUUGACACGUCGGUCCUAGAGACAGCAGCCCCGAGCCCUGCGCAAAGUCCGACGGCAACAACGCCGCCAGCGUCGCUGUUCACCGUGACUGAUCAGUUGUCGUGAUGGUGGUAAAGACACACUUUACAGUGUGCCACACAGUGAAGUGCGUGCAGCAACGUUGAAGUGUUUUCUUUGUGCACGUUGUGGCAGCAGUGUUAUCCACUAGCAAGGCCUUGUGAAGCCUUUCCUCGUGCAAAGAAAAAAAAAAAAAGAACUCUGAAGUGAGAAAGAAGCCACUGCCCACCCAACGCGCUUGGGAAAUCUUUUCUCUUUGCAAAAACAGGCACGCCUGUGGUGCAUACGUUUUCAAGGGUACAGCUCGCUUUCUUCUCCACCUCUGUUUUGAUCUUAACACUCCUACAAACACAAUCCAUGCAGCUGUGUCAAGCGUGCCUUUAUCCAGAUGAACGGGGGAAAAACAAUAUGUCUCUUAAUUUUGUGUAUGCGACUGAAGUGAGUGCUUGAAUUUCUCGUUUUCCUUCUGGGCAGGUUCCCGGAUCAUGCGGAAGCCAUGGCUUUGCAGGUGCCAUUGAAGUUGUGUCAUUUUCCCAUGUUAUUUUUUUUUUUUAAUCUUUCACCAGUCUCACUGUAGUUACCUCGCACCUUCUUUUAGUGUCUUGUCACUGUCAUUUUAGUUGGAACAUUGUCACCUGUACCAUUGCAUCAUCUAGAAACUGGUGCCGUGGUGAAGUCAAGAACUGCAGAGUGCUUGCUGCAUUGUUCGAUAGUGUUCAAACAAGCGUUUUCUCUUGUUAAAGGCCGUGGCAUCUCUUCUGUUGUUUCUUUGAUGCUCUCGCAUUUCCUUCCUCUGCUUCUUCAGUGAAAGGGCAGCUGCGUCUGAAUGCAUGCAAAGCUCAUCGACGAGUCUCAAGCAGAAGGCCCAGUGCAUGCAAAACAAAACUUAGCGCGCCAAAUUUGUGUGAACAACCUCAAAGAAACUGAUUGACACGCCAAGAACAAAUGUGCUCUAGCCAGGUGCAUCUGCUUGAGCAGCUGGGCAGAGGUGGAACAAAGAGGUGCACGAGUCCCUCCGGCAGGCUUCUAGUGUAAUCAAGAGCGAUGAACGUCAGGACGUGCAAGGCACAUUUGCAUGCACGCAUGGGCGUCACUCCUUUCUUCUUCACCAAAACACAGACUAGCAUAGCUUUUUUUUUUUUCUUCUAAUUUUAUCGGAGAUGUCACAUGGGACCAUAGAAGUCGAGUCGGUCAAUCCCUCCACCACCGGUGAAUACGUUGGCAGUUUCGUGGCAUUUUCCUGGCAGGCGGAUGUACUUGCCCAGACGGCGCGACUCAUCUUUCCGGAUCAUGUUGUUGUUUGUACCCUUUGAGAUGGUUCGUCACGAGAGAAGUACUGCACGAAGGGUUAUGGGGGUGACUUUUCGAGUGCUUUGGGGCCCUACGCAGAGCGUCGUGGUAGUUAUCUCCCGGUUGCCAUGUUUCGGGCCACCCCUCUUGCAGCUUUGCACUCAAUGGGACCAAAACCAAGUUGCACACGUCAAAACACUCCACACAUAGACACAUGGACACUCGGAGAGUGCACUCUACACUGGUGACACAAUGGAGUCGGGUAAGCAGCAGUCAAAGGGCGCCAGAUUCUGCGUCCCGAGUUCGUAUAGUGAACAAACAUUGCAGUUCUUCAUUAACGCCUUAAAAAAAAUCUCCCAUCACUUGUCUUUGUCCUGUUAAUGCCAGUCGGUGAAAAGAAAUUAGUAAUUGCCAAAAUCUGGUGUAGUUAUUCAUUUGGCAUGGACACAUGUGAAGGGGAGGGGCGGCUGGUGUCACGGUCGUUUCCUUCCUUAAAAGCAGUCAAGGACCAAAUAAGUACGAAUUGCAUAUCGUGUCUGCUGCUCAAGAAGCCCAGAGAAGACUCUUCACGGAAGCUUUUGACAUAAAGGCUUUCUUUUUCCUCAGCAAAGUGAGCUUCGUUUAAAGUUACAGGUGUCUAUAAUGAACUGCUGUAUAAAACCACAGAACCAAAUAUGCAGUUAUGUAACUUGUCAUUGAAAAAUCUUGUGCAUAGAAGGCUGUAUGGUGUAUGCCAGCUGCUUAAUCAAGUUUCUAUUAUCUGUACCACGGCAUUUACAAUUUUUAUUAUGAGAGCAUUGUCGGGGCAUAGUGUCCAUUGAAUGUGCUGUUUUUUGUGUAAAAAAGAUUGUGAAUGCCCGUGACUGCCAUGGCAUGACCCGAUAAAAAAAAAAAAUAUUGAGAGGUAACUGCGCAUCUUGUGUGCGUAGCAUUCAUUGCUGCAAAGUUUCGAUCUUGGAAAUUGUAAGCCGUCUGCACUUGCAAUUAAUUUGAUUACUGUCCUGCUUUGCCCUCGAAUUUUCAUUUCUGAGAGGAACUGUGAUUUUGCAUAGUGUGCAAAGGUUGUGGAGUUGGCGUCUGUCUCGCGGUGCUUAUGAACGAGAGCAAAGGCCGUGCAACUUGAUUCCUGCAGAAAAAUAGCAUAGUAGUAGCAUUUAUGACCGUCAUCACUACAUCUUAUUAAAUGUUUAUGUUCGAUGUCAAGAGCCCCACUUAACGACAACCUUUUUCCUUGUCUUAUAGUUACUCCCCGAGAUUUUACAGUUUUCUUUUUCUGUGGUGACCAUGGCUUCACAUGCCAUGUGGCUUCACACAUGGCAUGAAUGUGUCCGUUUCAUUUUUUACUCUUUUUUAAUAACUGUCGAGAGGAUGCUUUAGGGCAAUCUAGAUUGGCAAAAUGUGCUAGGGUUUUUCUUUGGUCAUAUACUGCCAUUAUAAGCAUGUACACGACGACUUGGUGCCAUCUCAUUGGAGCGUGUCACAUACUUGAGGCAGUGUCUGGUUCAUAUGCUAUUGAAGUGCGUCAUGACAACUGUGGCACACACAAACAACUCGUGCAGUGUACAUCUAUGAAAAUUCGCUCCGUCACAGCCGAAAACUACACAUGCGACACACCUGAGUAAGUUUUUAGAACUCUGUGCGAGCCAGGAAGUAAAUUGUUUUGCAAGGGUCAUUGUUAGGGGUGUUCGAAUGGUGAAAUUUUCAUAUCAAAUAACAGUGCAGUUUACUGCUGUUUAUUUCACCUUUGGAGAAACCAAUAGAACCGAUCAAAUUAUUUGCUGGGCCGAAUUUUAAAAAUGCACCAAGAAACGUACAGACACACACCACAUUCGUUUGACAGUAUUUGCCCGAUUCUAAUGCACACCCAGUUUUUAUGGGCUCGUACUAGAAAAUACCGCGCAUCCAAAUUUAGUGCGUGCAUACUCGAUUUUAUAACAAAAAUGCAGCAUGCCUCUGUUUUGCCAAUAAGAAAUAAGGUGAGAACUGCAUAGUUUACCUUCACAGAAUUGAAAUUUGUUUGCACCUAAUGUCAAUUGUCGUCACUAUCAGACAGCUUUUCAUUGCUGUCUAUAGACCACAACAUGAUACCUUUGUUAUGGUGCAUUACAUCCUAUAUUCUGCAUUUCUCUUACCAUUCCAUUACUAUUUUCAAUGGGAUGGUGGCCCACGGUUAAAGUGACUACUUGGCCAGUUCUUGCAAUGCACGCUUCUCUGGAGUGCCGAGAAGACGUGACAAAACUCUGCUGCCACUAGCUCAUGCAAAACAACUUACCUUUCGAAUGAGUUGUGGUAAUUAAAAUUAGGGGUGUGCGAAUACAUUCAAUAUUUUGAAUACGAGCAGAAUAGUCCUUGCUAUUUGAUUUGUAUUUGAUUCGAGAGUUUGCUAUUAGGUGUCUUGGAAUAUUUGUUUCGUUCAGAUACUAGUUAAGGGACAGAAAGAGUGGUGAAACUCUACAGGAGGAAAGACUGAUAAAUGUGGUGAGUCUUCCGAAUGACUGGCACUGGAAAACUGCUGCUGUUGUGCAGACGCACGAGUUCUCGAGCGAGUGCAUGGAGGAAAUAAUUUAUGCACAAUAGUUUCCAGUUGUUAAACAUGCAUGUCUCGCCUUAAGCAGCCUACCCAUUUUCUCUCCAGAUUUAGCCGAAUCUAUGUUUUAUUUGGGCAAUGUCAGUAUAAGUUCUUGGAUCCCUUUAAAAUAAUGUGCACUACACUGCACAGUAAUGAGCUUUGCUCCUUUAAGGAACGCUAACGUUCUAUGUGCAUCUGGGGACAUGCUUUUUGUUCAUUUAAUUAAUGUCAUUGUCGUAGUGUGCCAGAUACGCUCGCAUUUCCUUUGUUCUCAAUUAUGAGCUUUCUAAGUGAGCUGAAAUUCAGUUGAUAGCGGCAUUAGAUGUGCCAAAUAACCUAAAUAAGCCUUCUGUUGCAAAGCAGACUAGAUGGGAGUUUUGAAGUUUUACUUUGUUUAAAAGGGAUAAAACAUUUGAUAGUCGAUGCCCGUCUUUUCUCCAGAUAUUCGUAUUCGAUUUGAUUAGAAGAUUUUACUAUUUGCACAUCCCUAAUUAAAAGCUGAAACCUUAUGCAAAACUUGUUCUGCCACCAUCUUGUAAUGACAGUGACUAUGACAUGGCCCUGAUGGUAGGCUGUUCUUGACGCUGUGAACUCUGCUUCAAUUUCGUAUCAGACUGUAGUGCGCGUGCUACUUACAGACCAAUUUUUUUGUUUUUAAAGGUGUGAAUUAGAAUAAGGUAAAUAUGGUGAUCAUUCCUUGCGAUCUGCCGUUUUGUCUUCAAAAUCUCGUAGAAGCAGGGCGAAAAUCUGCACAUUUGGCAAGAAACUGCGUCUUCGACACAUUCACUGUUCCUCAGUCCCAUCAAGACAAAUGCUGCAACCAUUAGGGUCUCAAGUUCAGUCAACCUCGGAGUCGUUCAAGUACGUGCUGAAUUAUGCAGCAAAAGCAAAUUUCAGAAUCGAAAUAACAAAUGUUUUGACCCAUAGGAAUGCAUAGGCAUCGGCCGGUAGCAUCAUUUUGUGGUUGAAUUAACCAAAAACUCAAAUUAACCGAAUUUGAGUUACCGAAAGUCUACUGUACUCGAAAAAGAGCGUUUCUAACAUUCAGUUGAAUGCUAGAUACUUUAGGCUUCUAACAGUAGAAAAGGACACCAAGGGAGCAUAUUCAAAAGUAAAUCUGAUUUAUUUCUUUCGAUACACAAAAUGCUGGCAGUCUGGUCAACUAGGAAGCUUAAAAACCAGCAAAACAUGAAAGACCAGCACAGGUCUUGGUUGGCGUAAAAACAGGCACUUGAAAUGUGCACCAUAUGCACGGGUCCUUUUGCGUGGCAGGCUGCGUGCGAUAAUCUUAGCAACUCUUUACAUACUCGAAUACUUGGAGAAACUAUACACAAAAUUCUCCGAGUCGAAUACACUGUAUUGAAAGAAGUGUUCAGUGCUAUUCAAAAUUUCAAACAUUCGCACACCCCUAGUCAUUGCGUUCUGACACCAUAUACUCGUUAUUCACUUUUUCUAAAGAUAACACCUGGUUCCUAGCAAAUCUAACAUGCUAUAAUCCCGUGAUUACAAGCUACACACAAAGGUACAUGGAUGUGUAAUUCCAAAACUACAGUGCCACAGCACAAUCAAAUUCUGCACCAUUUGCAGACUGGGCAGCCUACAUAUGUAUGCAGUGAAACUGUGUUAAAAAGUGCUUGGUAAGAUGUGGAGGUGGGGUUUUUGGAAAAAAAAAAGUGUGACCACAUUUUGUUAACGUUUUCAUGGCCGAGAACUGCAGCGAGGGCAUGUUCUUGGCCGGUGAUUUCAAAGGCACUUUGCUUUGCCGCACUUUCGGACUUGUUUCCAUCGCCGCACUAAUCAAGUAUCAGUGCUUCGAGCACUGAGAGCGUACAUGCCAACGACAUUGUAGAUAGCAUCACAUUUUAUGCUCUUUCGUGCUCAGCUGGCGAGAACACAUCCUGCUGCAAUAGCAUCUUGUGUGUGUAUCAUGUGCGGGAGGUGAGCAUGUGCUUCUUGUCACGUUAUCCUGUUGCCAGAUUAUCGAGUUGAGCAUGCUGUUAUCAUGUGUUUGGUCCUGGCUGUUAAGCAGAUGUGUAUCAGCUUUUCAGUGCAAGCUCAUUUGUUUAUGCACUAGCAUACGAACUGCCUCUGCUUUGUGCAGAGUUGCCAGCGUGGGCUGAAUUCAUUGCUGGGGAAAUGCUUGGAUGAGCACAAGCACAGAAUACAGUUGAAGAAAUUAAUGUUGCGCUGGCAUUUAAAAGAAACUCUAGAAAGCAGUGAUAGGUUUACAAGUAAAUGAUUAUGCCAAAAUUUUUUUCAUUCUUUUUUUUAUAAGCAGUCAGCGGAACCAAUGAAGGAUGAAGUUUGCAUGUUUUAAUUCCUCACCCAGACCAUGGCAUAUAUUGGGGGGGGGGGACAUAUUUUGGGGCUUUUAUUAUGCAUGUCAUGUUGCCAGAUUAUGAGUCCGCUUACUUUUUAAGGAAGCUUAAUCCUUUUUUUUAUUUGUGAACACUUACACUGCACAGAGGAGACAAAAUCUUCGUCACGGAAACUCUUUCUGCAAAAAUGUCAAGCUUACUCACCACUGGUUUUGUGAUUUUGCGUGCUUGUGGCACACUUAGCAACAUUAGUCUAUUCAUAAUCGCAAAGUGUAAUUUCUUAACCGGGAUCAAUAUAAUAUCUUUUUUGUGACCCUUGUAGCGCUUCUCGCUAACACCAGCGAUGUGCAGUGACAGAAAAGGUAAAAGAUGCAAGCAAUCAAAAUUUAUUUUCUGAUUGGCGUGCAAAUAAACAAGAUGUAAAAAACAACAAAAGAAGGAAAAAAAAAACAAAAGGGAAGGAAAAUCUAUGUUUACUUCAUCUUGUUAUUGCAUCCACUCUGUUAAUUGAUACAUUGCUGUUAUCAAUAAAACACUUGACCACUGUCCAGUGCCCUGUUCGUUGCAUAAUUUCUUUUUACGGUGUCCUGCGCUUGUGUUCAUUUUAAGUAUUACUCCAGCCAAAGUUAAGAUAGACUUGGGGAGCCCAGAGAACUCUGUUGAUUCGAUGCUAGAAGCGAGUGUUUUAUGGAAUUGUUUCACGAAGACUUAAAAUAAAAUGUCAUGGUGUGGCA